AUGGAAGAAGACACAGAUUUCGUGCGAUUUAAGAGAGGCAAAUUGCGUCAACCAAACAUAAUCAAGAUUAAGAGAACAUCUACUCCUGAUGACGUGGCUGCUGUUCUUGCAAAGGAGAGAAAUAGAGACAAUAAGCAUACAGAAGGUGAUGAGGGAGAUGAUGACCCUAGAGUCUGUGAUGAGGAUGUUGAGGAAGAAGUCAAAGAAUAUGGAGAUGCAAGAGAUGUUUUAGAUUUUGGUGCUGAGGUGACUGCGAAGAAUCGCCACAUCACCCAUGGUUUCCAUCUGGUAGAAGGGAAGAUGAAACAUGGCAUGGAAGAUUUCCUAGUUGCAGAAAAUAGAAAAAUGAAGGGCUAUGAUCUCGGUUUAUAUGCAAUUUUCGACGGCCAUUCGGGGCGUAAGGUUGCAAAAUACUUGCGCACUCAUCUCUUUGAUAACAUAUUGAAAGAGCCUGAUUUCUGGGAAAAUCCUGAAUCCGCCCUUAAGCGAGCAUACAAAAAGACAGAUAAUGAGAUCUUAAAGAAUGUGGUUGGUGCUCGGGGUGGCUCCACAGCAGUGACUGCAAUAUUAAUCAAUCAGAAGCAGCUCGUUGUAGCCAAUGUCGGGGAUUCGCGUGCAGUUCUUUGUCGGAAUGGGGAGGUAAAACAAAUUACAGUUGAUCAUGAUCCACUCAAAAGAAAGGAGAAAAAGAUGGUUGAGGGCAAAGGAGGAUUUGUUUCUAAAAAGCCAGGAAAUGUUCCUCGUGUGGACGGGCAGUUAGCGAUGACGAGGGCGUUUGGAGAUGCAAAACUCAAAGAGCACAUCACUGUGGAACCUGAUGUAACAAUUGAGAAGAUAGACGAAGAAACAGAGUUCAUAGUUCUAGCAAGUGAUGGCUUAUGGAAGGUUACCUCAAACGAAGAGGUAGCAGAUUGCAUCAGAGGGUUGAAGAGUGGUCAAGAGGCAGCUGAGGAGCUGAUUGAGAAGGCGCUUUUACGUGGUAGCAAAGACGACAUUUCUUGUGUUGUGGUAAAGCUUGGCUGA